AUGGCUGUCAGUAUAAAUUUGAAGCUUGAACGAUGCGCUUCCUCUCGGUGCGUUGGAGAUUUUUAUUUGUGCAAUUUGACGAGAAUGAUACCGAUUGUGAAUCUAUGUGGCAUAAAGUAUGGAAGAAAAUAGGGGCUGUGACUUAAUAUUGGAUUGUUUGAUUGAGGCGGAAUUUUCCGGAAAUUGAAAAGGAACGCCCCAAAAUGACAUCACGUCUGGACCGGCUGUUCGUGCUGCUGGAGGCGGGGUCGGGCGCGGGCACGCGGCGCGCGGCGGCGCGGCAGCUGGGGGAGGUGCAGCGCGCGCACCCCGAGGAACUGCACCGGCUGCUGGCGCGCCUCAUGAAGCACCUCAAGUCUCCCGCGUGGGACACCCGCGUGGCUGCUGCUCAGGCGGUUGAGGCAAUACUAGAGAACGUACCAGAAUGGAAACCACCACCGUUACUAGGAAUAAAAGAGGAGAAAGCAGAGCCAGAGGAGCCGUGCGCGCGGCUGCGCUGCGAGACGUUCGACAUCGAGCGGGUUUUACAAAAUGGCGCCCAUCUCAUGGGGUCUGAAGGACACGAAUAUGAUCUGGACGAGGAGUCUUUGACUGCUGCAGAUACAAAAGAGCGGCUAGCGAAGCAGCGUCAGCAGCUGAACGCCCGGCUCGGGCUGGACGUGGCGUCGUCGCUCGGCGUGGACCUCAGCGGCGUGUACACUAAUGAAGACUUGUGCUGUCCUGUUACACCACAGACCACCAAGGAACCUGUGCGGAGAUCCAUCCCAGUGCAAGAGCUAGUGUCCACCCCGUGCUGCAAGCCUCUAAGCUCUCGAGAGAUGAACGUGGCGAAGCGGCGGGCGCGGCAGGCGGCGCUCAGCAAGCAGAAGUCACGGGAGGCGGAAGACACCCCGCCUCCGCCUGACAGGAAGAAGCUGAAGCUGGAGAUACAGGAUGACUUCUUAGCGGACCCAUCAGCCCCGACCCCCGACUGCGAUGGCACGUGGGGCUCGGCGCCCUCGUGGCCUCUUGAAAGCUUCAGUCUAGCACUCCAAGGGGCACUGUUCAGUGGAGCCUGGGAGGCAAGACACGGGGCGGCGAGUGCACUGAGGGAACUGCUGAGAGCUAAUGUCUGUCGGAGCGCCGGGUGUAAGGCAGGGGAUGACGCAGAACAGAUGGAGGAGCACCAUCAAGAAUGGCUGGAGGAUUUAGCAUUGAGGCUUAUCUGUGUGCUGGCGCUCGAUCGAUUCGGAGACUUUGUAUCUGACCAGGUGGUAGCCCCAGUCCGGGAAACCUGCGCACAAACCCUCGGCGUGGCCCUGUCCAAGCUGCGCGCGGGGAGGGUGUCCCACUGCGCGCGCCUGCUGUCGCAGCUCAGCCGGCACUGGCAGUGGGAGGCCCGCCACGGCGCGCUGCUCGGGUUCAAGUACCUCAUCGCUGCUAGACAGGAAAUAGCGCUCGAAAGCGGCGCGCUAGAACACCUAAUCACCGGUCUAGGCGACAUGGCCGAAGACGUUUCGGCCGUGGCGGCCGGCGCGCUGGUCCCGGCCGCGGCUGCGUUAGCCGAAGCCCGGCCGAACGCGCUCAAAGACGUCGUGAACAGACUCUGGCAGUUGCUGCAUGAGCAAGAUGAUUUGGCGUCGCCGGCUAACUCUUAUAUGGCUCUGUUGGCCGCCCUGAUGACGCAUCCACAAGCCGCUAAGCAGUUGCACCCAAUAGAUCUAGCAGACGUGCUGCCUCGAAUGUGGCCGUACCUCGACCACUCCACAAGUUCCGUGCGAAAAGCGACCUUACAGACGCUGCGCACGCUCACACGCCCUCUAGUCACCGAGCCAAAGGAAACACAACCUCAACCCGCAGAGAAUACGGCCGAGAAUGGCGUGGAGUACCUCGUGUGGACGCCGGAGCUGCUGCAAGAAGCCAUGAGAUAUAUCUACCAGAGGAUCCUGUUUGAACACGUGCAUGACAUUCAGGAUAUAGCUGUCCAAGUGUGGAUGAACUUGGUCCGGCACGCGCCGUUAGGCACGGCGCUGCUAGCCGCGUGCCCCAUGCUGGCGCGCUGGCUGUGCCUCGCCAUGCAGCCGGCGCGCAUCGCCGUCGACACGGACCUGCUGCUGCAGCCCCCCACCAAGGAGCGUCGAGUGCGUCCCACUCUUCAAGGCGACGCGCUGCCGCCCGAGGUGCGUCCCACGGCCAAGCUGUACCUGGGCGGCGCGGAGAGCCAGCCCGCCGCCGUGCGCGAGCGCAACGUCACGCGCGCGCGCUGCACCGCCGCCGACGUGCUAGGUUAUCUCUCCUGUUACUUGGUGCAACCAGCGCCGGGCAUAGAGUACAAGUCUGAAGACGAAAGUCCCAUCGAUUGUUAUGUUAAGGUUUUAAUAGUAUACCUCCGCUCAGGAAGUGCCCUCCAAAGGCUCGUAGCCAGUCUAGUCAUAUCGUCCUGGGCGAGACACACCCUCAAAGAGAACAUGUUCCCUCCAAGCUUAGCCAAUCUCACCAACGGAGCCUCGACCAAUGGCAGCGCGUCGUCACAGAGUGACAAAGAAGGCAGUAGUAACGAGGAUAGCGCGAAAGAGAUGGCUAUAUCGAGAUUAGCUCCGCCCCUGCUGGUGAAUACGCUGCAUGCGGCGUUGAACCAAGCGCUGUAUUAUGACGAGGUGGCGUUAAAUUGUAAUAGAAUCCUUCAAGAGGCUCGAGAUUUAUUAGCAAUGAUGAAACACUACAAAUUACCGGUUGACGGUGAAGAAUUUAACAAUAUUUUGAGGCUAGAACAAGUGAUCCACAUGACGACCGUGACCAAGCCGAUGGUGGCGGCCAUCAAGCUGAAGCGAGUGCAGACGUCUCUAGAAGAGCGCAGAGUGAAGCUGCACGCCGACGUCAACCAGUGCGCACUGGAGCAGGCCACUUUGAACGUCUCAGUGCAAGCAGCGCUGGCCGGCGCCGCGACGCACCUGCACAGCCUGCCCGAGAAGCUGAACCCCGUGGCGCGCCCGCUCAUGGAGAGCAUCAAGCGGGAGUGCUCGCAGGAGUUGCAGCGCGAGGCGGCGGGCGCGCUGGCCGUGCUGCUGCAGCAGGCCGCGCGGCGCGACGCCAGCCCUAACGCCAAGAUACUCGUCAACUUGAAGGCGUUCCUCAGAUGUGACCCGGACUUCACGCCCCGCAUCAAUCUGACAGACGCGGGCGAGGAAUCUUCUACUGGAGACUCUGGCAGUGGCGACAGCGGCGGAGAAGGCAAGGCGGAAGCCACGCACUCUGGACCUGCUAUGGACAAGUACAGCGGCAUCCUGACGCUGUACGAGCAGCAGCGCGAGGCGGAGAAGGUGUCCCCGCGGCGCGGCCGCCCGCCCGCCGUCAGCGACAUGGGCGUCGACGCCGCCCUGCUCAUGGAAGACGAGUCCCAAAAGCAGCACCGCAUCCAGCGGCGCGGCGCCACGCUGGCGCUGACCAGCCUUACAGCCCAUUUCGGAGCCUCCCUUCCCGAGCGCCUGCCGCGCCUGUGGGAGUUCAUCAGCCAGCCCUUCCUCACCGUCAUGGGCGACCAGGAGCUGGACAGCCAAGAGGCGGAGGCGGCGGAGGAGCUGGUCUCGCGGCUGCAAGUGUUCGAGGUGGUGUGCGCGCACGUUGGCGACACGCUCUGGACGCACAUCGCGCACGGCGUCAGCUCACUGGCCGCGCUCACUAGACACAGAUUCACAGCAGUGAGGCACAUGGCUGCGCGCGCGCUGGCCGCGUUCGCGUGCCGGCAGCCCACGCCAGCCAUGAAUGUGGUGGUCCAUGAGCUACUGCCAACCCUAGAGUCCGUCCAAUCGGCUCGCGCGCGCUGCGGUGCGGCCGAGGCCCUGGCUAGAGUUGUCGAGGCGUUGAAACUGAGAGCUGUGCCCUAUAUCGUGUUGCUGCUUGUGCCUUUGUUAGGGCGCAUGAGUGACCAAUGCGAGCCGGUGCGAGUCAUGGCGACCCGCUGCUUCGCGUCCCUCAUUCAACUAAUGCCGCUAGAUGGCGCUGUGCCCGAGCCAGACGACCUGUCGCUGGAGCUGCAAGCAAGGAGGGCGCACGACAAGAAGUUCAUAGAGCAGCUGUUCAACCCAAAGAGUAUAAAGGACUACAAGAUACCGGUGGCGGUCAGCGCUGAGCUUAGGGGGUAUCAGCAGGCGGGCGUAAACUGGCUGCGCUUCCUCAACGAGUACAAAUUACACGGGGUACUCUGCGACGACAUGGGCCUCGGCAAGACUCUCCAGUCCAUCGUGGUGGUGGCCGGCUCGCACUACGAGCGCGCGCGCGACUACGCCCGCUCCGGCGCCGCCGACCGCGCGCCGCUGCCCUCGCUCGUCGUGUGCCCGCCCACGCUUACUGGCCACUGGGUGUUCGAAGUGAACAAAUUCAUCCCCACCAAAUACCUCAAGCCGCUUCAAUACGUCGGCCCGCCAUUUGAACGCGAACGCUUACGCACACAAGUGAAACAUUACAACCUGAUAGUAGCUUCCUACGAUAUCGUGAGAAAGGAUAUCGACUUCUUCAGUUCUCUCAAGUGGAACUAUUGCGUGUUGGACGAAGGACACGUGAUUAAGAAUGUGAAGACCAAAGCGUUUAAGGCUAUCAAGCAGAUUGUAGCCAAUCAUAGGCUGAUAUUGUCCGGGACGCCUAUACAGAACAACGUGGUAGAACUCUGGUCCCUGUUCGAGUUCCUGAUGCCGGGUCUCCUCGGCACGGAGCGGCAGUUCAGCGCAGAGUACGCGCGGCCGAUACUGGCGGCGCGCGACCCGCGGGCCCCGGCCAAGGCAGUCACGCACGCGGCGCGGGCCAGCCAGGCGCUGCAUAGACAGGUGUUACCAUUCCUCCUCCGUCGUGUGAAGGAGGACGUGCUCAAAGAACUACCGCCGAAGAUCACGCAGGACUACUACUGCGAGCUCAGCCCGCUGCAGAAGCAGCUGUACGAGGACUUCUCCAAGGCGCACAUGCCUAAUGGGAUGGCGCAGCAAACGCAUGUGUUCCAGGCGCUCCACUACCUACAGAACGUGUGCAACCACCCCAAGCUGGUGCUGACGAGCGCGCACCCCGAGGCGCGGCGCGUGGCCCAGAGGCUCGCCGACCAGCGCUCCUCGCUGGACGACAUCGAGCACUCGGCCAAGCUGCCCGCGCUCAAACAACUCCUACUAGACUGCGGCAUCGGCGCGGCGCCCGGCGGCGACACGGAGGUGGUGGUGUCUCAGCACCGAGCGCUCAUUUUCUGCCAGCUCAAGAAGAUGCUCGACAUCGUGGAGAACGACCUGUUGAAGAAACAUCUGCCGACCGUCAGCUAUCUCAGGCUGGACGGUAGCGUGCCGCCCGCGAAUCGCCACUCCAUCGUGACAAGAUUCAACAACGAUCCGUCCAUAGAUCUGUUGCUGCUCACUACUGCUGUGGGCGGUCUCGGUCUGAACCUGACCGGCGCGGACACGGUGAUCUUCGUGGAGCACGACUGGAACCCCAUGAAGGACGCGCAGGCCAUGGACCGCGCGCACCGCAUCGGACAACGCAAGGUCGUCAAUGUGUACCGGCUGAUUACCAGGGACACGCUCGAGCAGAAGAUUAUGUGUCUACAAAAGUUCAAGCUGCAAACAGCGAACACGGUCAUCAGCAGCGAGAACGCCGCCAUGGAGACCAUGGGCACGGAACAACUCCUAGACCUGUUCCAGCUGUCGAGCGGAGGCGCGGGGGCGGGGGCGGGGAGCGCGGGGGGCGCCGGCCCCAGCCAAUCAGCGCUCGAGGCGCUGCCAGACCUGUGGGACGACAGGCAGUACGAAGAGGAGUACGACAUGACCAACUUUAUAAAAGGAUUGAACAAAAUGAACUGAAUUUGUGUAAAUUGUUUGGUUUAGUGAGGUUUUUUUUUUGUAGAAAAGCUUGAAUGAUGCUGCGGUAGGACGUUGAUUCCAUUUCAGUUUUGACAAAUGAUUGUAUUUUGUUAUGUUUCUCGAAGCGUGAUCUAAAGCAAAACCUCUGUACGUUUUAGCGUAUAAAAUGUUAUAUUUAUACUUAUUUUAUGUAGCUAAAGUCUGGAUCCGUAAUGUCGUAAUGGAUUAAGUAUAGUCUUAUUACCAUUACAUUAUGCAUGUUCAGUUCACAACGAGUUACGUUGAAAGACUAAUUCACAAUACAUUAUUAGAAUAUUUUCACUUUACAUCACUCUAUUUAAUCAUUUACUUACUAUCACAUACCACGAAGCAUUGUGUCGAAGUAUUUAAAAUACGGAAAUAAUUUUUCCUUUUUGUUAUUUAUUCAUCCAUUAACGUAAUCUUAGGCCUUUGUAGGGAGUAAACUUGAAACAUUUUAUUUCAUAUAUUUAUUGCCAUUUAGUUUGUUUUGUAUACUGGUAUUAUAAUUUAAAUGUGCAAAUACCAAUGAGACAAAUUUAGUGCCCUUCACCCUUUACUAAAAUUGGUCAUAGGGAGGCUAUUUAAAGUCAGAAUUCAAUGCCGCUUGAGCUUAUAUACCAUGUAUGUUUUGUUAUCAUUGAUUAUUUUCACUGCUAUUGCGUACCUGUUUCAUUUCAAUUAUUUUAAUAUUUUAAAAAUAACUAAAUUUAAAUAAUUUAGGUUUUUGUUACAUUAUUAUGUGUGAUGUGUUUUCUGAUAAUGUUUGAUGUAAUAUAUGGAAACCUUAAACAUUUUGAGUUUGAGUUUCGAAUAGCAGUUUUUCCUUAGUCUUGUACCUAUAAAUGGGCUACAAAAAUAAAAUAAAAUGUUUUGUGAUCUA